AUGUCCGAGGCCACGCCCGCCACGCCCGCCGCGCCCGCCGCUCCGGCCCCCGCCGAGAAGAUGCCCGUGAAGAAGAAGGCCCGCAAGUCCGCAGGCGCCGCCAAGCGCAAGGCGUCCGGGCCGCCGGUGUCCGAGCUCAUCACCAAGGCCGUGGCCGCCUCCAAGGAGCGCAGCGGCGUGUCCCUGGCCGCGCUCAAGAAGGCGCUGGCGGCCGCCGGCUACGACGUGGAGAAGAACAACAGCCGCAUCAAGCUGGGCCUCAAGAGCCUGGUGAGCAAGGGCACCCUGGUGCAGACCAAGGGCACCGGCGCCUCGGGCUCGUUCAAGCUCAACAAGAAGGCGGCGUCCGGGGAGGCCAAGCCCAAAACCAAGAAGGCGGGCGCGGCCAAGCCCAAGAAGGCUGCCGGGGCGGCCAAGAAACCCAAGAAGGCCACCGGGGCCGGCACCCCCAAGAAGAGCGCCAAGAAGACCCCGAAGAAGGCGAAGAAGCCCGCGGCGGCGGCGGCCAAGAAAGUGGCCAAGAGCCCCGCCAAGGUCAAGGUCCCGAAGCCCAAGGCGGCCAAGCCCAAGAAGGGGCCGGCAGGAACUCAGAGGUUUGGCUAA